GGUUCAAGGCCGCGCCAUGGGGGGCCUGAAGGAGGAGCUGCUCAAGGCCAUCUGGCACGCCUUCACUGCGCUCGAUCUGGACCGCAGCGGCAAAGUCUCCAAGUCUCAGCUCAAGGUCCUGUCUCACAAUCUCUGCACGGUGCUGAAGGUUCCCCAUGACCCCGUGGCCCUGGAAGAGCACUUUCGGGAUGACGACGAAGGGCCUGUCUCCAAUCAGGGCUACAUGCCGUAUUUAAACAAGUUCAUUCUGGAAAAGGUUCAAGGAAACUUUGACAAGAUUGAGUUUAAUAGGAUGUGUUGGACGCUCUGUGUCAAAAAAAAUCUCACCAAAAGUCCCUUGCUCAUCAGUGAAGAAGAUUCAUUUAAAGUGUGGGUUAUUUUCAACUUUUUAUCCGAGGACAAAUAUCCACUAAUUAUUGUGCCUGAAGAGAUUGAAUACCUGCUUAAGAAACUUACUGAAGCAAUGGGGGGAGUUUGGCAGCAGGAAGAAUUUGAACAUUACAAGAUCAACUUUGAUGUUAAUCGAGACGGCCUUUCUGCAUGGGAAUUAAUUGAACUUAUUGGAAGUGGACAAUUUAGCAAAGGCAUGGAUCGGCAGACAGUGUCUAUGGCGAUUAAUGAGUUUUUAAUGAACUUUAUAGAUGUGCUGAAACAGGGUUACAUGAUGAAAAAAGGGCAUAAAAGGAAAAACUGGACCGAACGUUGGUUUGUGCUCAAGCCCAACAUCAUUUCUUAUUAUGUGAGUGAAGAUCUCAAGGAUAAGAAAGGAGACAUAAUGCUGGACGGCAGCUGCUGCGUUGAGUCCUUACCCGACAAAGAUGGCAAGAAAUGUCUUUUCCUAAUAAAAUGUUUAGAGAAGACGUUUGAAAUCAGUGCCUCAGACAAGAAGAAGAAGCAGGAGUGGAUUCAAGCCAUUCAUUCUACUCUCCACUUGCUGAAGUUGGGCAGCCCACCCCCUCACAAAGAAGCCCGCCAGAGACGGAAGGAGUUGAGGAAGAAGAUGCUGGCAGAACAGGAGGAGCUGGAGAGGCAGAUGAAGGAGCUCCAGGCUGCCAAUGAGAAUAAGCAGCAGGAGCUGGAGCAAGUGAGAAAGAAACUGGAAGAAGCAGCAUCCCGUGCUGCCGAAGAGGAGAAGAAACGCCUUCAGACCCAAGUGGAACUGCAGGACAGGUUUAGCCUGGAGCUGGAAAGAGAGAAACUAAUCCGGCAGCAGAUGGAAGAGCAGGUUGCCCAGAAGUCAUCAGAACUGGAGCAGUAUUUGCAGAGGGUCCGGGAGCUGGAAGACAUGUACCUGAGGCUGCAGGAGGCCCUAGAAGAUGAGAGGCAAGCGCGGCAGGAUGAAGAGACGGUCAGGAAGCUUCAGGCCAGGCUGCUGGAAGAAGAGUCUUCCAAGAGAGCCGAGCUGGAGAAGUGGCACUUGGAGCAGCAGCAGGCCAUCCAGACCACCGAGGCCGAGAAGCAGGAGCUGGAAAACCAGCGCAUCCUCAAGGAACGCGCCCUCCAGGAGGCGAUGGAGCAGCUGGAGCAGCUGGAGCUGGAGAGGAAGCAGGCGCUGGAGCAGUAUGAGGGAGUGAAAAAGAAGCUAGAGAUGGCAGCCAGCAAGACCAGGAGCUGGAAGGACAAGGUGGCCCAGCACGAGGGGCUCAUUCGAUUGAUAGAACCAGGUUCAAAAAAUCCUCACUUAAUUACAAACUGGGGACCAGCAGCCUUCACUCAGGCAGAACUUGAAGAACGAGAGAAGAGCUGGAAGGGGAAAAAGACCACGGAGUGACUCCCAGGGCAGACGCCCCGGCCCCUGGAGCCAGAGGUCUGGUGGAGCAGGGGAGCUUUGUGCCAAAGACCAUGCAGUGUACGGCCCUGCUACAGUCACCUGCCUUUUCAUGCACCUCUCUGCACAGGGGCCGUCUCUGAAGCAGUAUCACAGAUGUCCACCCGGUUUGGUUGUCAGUCCUUGCUUCCCACCCUUUACCAGACAUCUCUCAUUUUCCCCCCCAAGUGGAGGGGAGCCAUGCUUUGGAUGAUAGACAGCAGUGUACAGUCUCCAGAUACACCUUUGUCUUUGUAAUGCAUCCUCCUGACCCUUGGCAAUGUAGGAACCUCCUCUGGCCAAGCACUUACCGUGUAUACUGACCACUGGCAAUUGAUGCUCUCGUGGGGUGAUCAGGAAUUGGGACUUCCUGCUUGCCCCUCCAGAAUGUCAUUGGCCACGUAGGGUUUUCCCUGAAUUGUUUAGGACUUCUUCCUUUCUUGCCCAAGAAAUGGGUACACUUUCACUUGUGCAUUCUUCCUCUCAAGUCUAAUAUUCACCUUCCCUAAAUUCCCAGCCAGCUGUAGGGUGGCCAUUGUUAGUGGACAUUCUCUACUGUAAGGUCACCAUGGUUGCUUUGUGUUCCUAAGAAUCCAGCUAGGCUGCAGAGAAUAUGACCUUGGGAGCAAGCUAAUUUGGAAUUUAAAAUGGGUGAUGGGUGAUCCAGACUCUCUGCAAGGAGGUGAUAAAGAAUGGUCUAUUGGGGCAGCUAGGUGGCACAGUGGAUAGAGCACCAGACCCGGAUUCAGAAGGACCUGAGUUCAAAUCCGACCUCAGACACUUGACACUUACUAGCUGUGUGACCCUGGGCAAGUCACUUAACCCCCACUGCCCUGCAAAAAACAAAAAAAACAAAGAAAACAAUGGUCUGUAUCAAUCUGGUAGCUAACUCAUCGGUUACAGAUGAUGGCCUGUCAUUGCUCUACUGACUUCCUAGGAUGCACCGCGUGUUGGGCGGUGCUGAAGAUGACAUCAGAGAAGAACAAGAGAUGAGAGGCAGUGUGGUGUCAUGGGUAGAACACAAGCCUCGGAACCAGAAAUGUUCACAUGCUGAUAGUCUGGCUGUGUCUCUCUUUGCCUUCUCAGACUAUAAUUUGCCAUAGAAGGUGCUAACCUGUGUUGGUAGAGGAACUCACACGCCAGUCCCCUGUGCCACUGAAAUCACAGGCCUAGUUCCUGUCCCUAAGAACAAGGUGAAAGAGGCCGUGUGGCUUGUUUUGGGUUCAGAUAGUGAGAAAACAGUAGAACAAAGCCUUUGGAAUCUGCUUAUAAUUUAAAGGCAAAGGUAAUCCCAUUGUGGGGAUGAUACCUGAUUCUUAAAGUGGUUCAGUCAUCCAGGGAUAAUUCAUGGGAAUCAGCUUCUGAAACUCAUUGUGCCAUAAGGAGAGAAUUCACUCAUUUCUAUUAACAUUAAAUGGAUAAAGGGUCGUGGUCAGACAUUUAACACCCUCACGCACAGACAUCACAGCAGUGUUUGAAAUGAGAUGUGAUUUCAGUGGUUUGGGCACUCCCACUUCUGCCCCUGCUUCAGUACACAUGGUUUCCAUGGAAACAACCAAAUCACUUUUCCUUGUGAGCACUCCAAAAAGCCCAUCGCUUUGUGGCCAGUUUUCAGGGACUGAGACUCCACCCUCAGCUAGGCUGGUUCCAGACUUGAAACCUUCUUGACAUCAUAGGACACGCCAGAGCACAUGUUUCACUGUCAGAGCCUUCAAUAACCCAGGCUCGUUUUCACACCAUCCCAAGGUAUUAGAGGAGUGUGUCAGUAAAAGAGGAAUAUAAUUAAUAUUAAACUAUUCUGAAAUGUCAUGCAUGCAGAUUUAUAUUAUUUUAGACAAAUGUAGAUACAAUUGAAAGGGACAUAAUCUUAUAAGUUACUGCCUCUUAUCUGAGUUAAAGACAUUAACCAGUGAGGUGCCCUUAUGAAUUUUUAAUCAUGUUGCCUUUGGAAAUUAAUUGAAGCAUAGGUUUUAUUUAAUAUUCACAUCUUCCUGCCUUUGUAAACUUUAUUUUCUUAUUUUUAUUUUUAAAAGUUACUUCUCAUUAGGGUUCUUGAACAUUUACAGAUAUGGUUUGGGUUUCUGCUUCUCUCCAGAUGUUUAUCAGUAUUAUUACUUUGUUUAUUCAGUGAUGUAUUUUACAGGUAUGGAAUGAGGCCUAGUGUCAGCUUUUUGGAGUCAUCUUAAACUCUUCCAAUAAGAUCUGUACAUGUAGAAGAGGAUGGAUAAUUUUCUCUUAGUUUGGUUAAGGAUCCAACAUAGGACUCCAACAUAACAAAUAACUAAUAAGGAACGUUGACUUUCCAAAGAAGUAUAAAGCUCUGGAUGAAAAAAUGCUUAUCUUCAAGGAAAACACAUUGUUUUUUGCUCUUAAAGGAAGGGAUAGUGAAGCCCCUCACUCCCUGACGAAAUGCCGAAGCUCUUCUGAAGCAAACACACCCACGAUCUCACAGGCUCAGCUCCAUUGUUUUGGGCUCUUGAAAAUCCGCCCUUUUGCCGGCCACUUCUGCCUCACUUGGCUCCCCCAAGCAGUAUUUUUAACUUCAUUUCAACCCUGACCAAGUGCCUAAGUAAUUUUCAGUUAAAUAUCAGUGGACACUUGUCACAUUCGCAGUGUAUAGUGUUCCAAAUACCUAGUUACCAUAGAAGAAAAAGCAGCAGCAUGUGAAAAACCACUUAAUUCCAGUGGAUUUUUGUGGAUUAUGGACAACAUGGAAAUGAGUCAAUUCAGUUCAUAAUUGGAAUACUCAUAAUGUUCAGAGUCUGGCGACUCCCCCAUGGUCACCUGGAUAGAUGCCUCUGCUAUAUUGCUGACAUGCCUUUAGGGAUGGUGAGCCAACCAUCGGCAUUUUUCUUGAUAUCAAGUUUUAAUUUGCUUCUUUGCAACUUGCACCCACUGCUCUAAUCUGUCUUCCACUGACAGCCCUUCAGCCGCUUGAUGAGAGCUGCCAUGGCCUGUCCCUCCCCCACAGGACUUCUCUCAACAUUCAGAAUCUCUAGGUCCUCCAGCCAAGGCCUCAUGAGCUCAGUGCCAUUCACCGACCUCAUCACUGUUCUUCCUGAUGUCUGAAAUAAACCGUUCUACACGGUCGGAUGCCCACAGAUCACACGAUGAAGUUACUGGCGGUCCCUGGAUUCCACUUUACGUGUGCCGUUGGCUUCCUAAAUGAUUAGCCAUGUGAUUGUUUAACGGAGAAAGAGGUCAGAAAACACAGGUGCAGAAAAGGUUCACAGGCUUUGUGUUCUGUUAGGCCUGAAGAUUCAGUGGAGCAGCAUCUCGUACUUUACAACAAUCUCAUUGUCUAAACUGUAAUAUCGGGCAGGUUCAACUUGCUUAACUUUUUGCUAAUUUUCCUAAAAUAUUUGUGGAGUGUUUUGUAUUAUUUUUUAGGAAAACAGACCAAAUGAGAACAGGAAAAAAAAAUACAUGAAUGGCAUGAGUUUAGAACUGUCCACAUGAAUAAAACAGUGGGGGAAAGUAUUGUGUGUUUCUUAAUAAAGAAAUAUAUGUAUGUGC